AUGGUCGCCAUCCACCACAAUAGCUUUCCGCACAUCUUCGACUGCAUAUGGAGGGAACUGGACUUCCUUGACCUCCAAGUUGCACGCCUCGUGUGCAAAGAUUGGGCACGCCGGGUGGACAAACUGCUAUGGCACCUCUCUGUCGAGUAUCAGUCAGACGGACGCCUUCAAGUUCGCACUCUAGAUGCUUCGACAUCCGUCUACUUUCACACGGUACCAAUUUCGGCCGCUGAGCCAGGAAACGUGUGGAUGGCAAUGAUGGCGAAGGUCCAGGUUCUGGACCUGGUUGGAGCUGAGAGAUUCAGCCCCAAACAGGAUCAAGUCUGGCUUCGCAAGUUUAUCCAACGUAUCCCUCUCGUUCGCUGGUACGGAACGCCGCCUCGGCCGAUCGACGCUCUGAACAUGGAUACGCUUCUGUUCUUCCACGAUCUCACUGGACCGUCUGCUCCCUCCGUGACCCUUCGCUAUACGCAGUUCCAACCGCAGACUGUGAUCUCGACCGUCCGGUGCACCGUCGACCCCCUUCGAUUGACGCUGUCCGACCAUGACAACGCCGUCAGCUUCUACGGCUGGGAUGGUUGCACUGACGAGGUCACUCUCAUACUCCAAGACGCGCGACCAGAGCCUCGCCAACCUCCACCGUCCGGGGCCGCCGCUGAGAUCGACGUGGUCAUGACCUACCUCAACAUCGUUCGAGUGGAAAGCGCCUACAUCAACAUAGUCGGGCUCGAGGCGUUUCUUCCGGAUACCGAGUGGCCUGCAUUCCGUGAAAGAGUCGCGCGGCAAUUUAGGACGGAUGCGGAGGAUUCCGGGGAGCCGUGGUCUGAUGAAGACGAAGAGUUUACGACGUACUGGAAAUUCCUGACGCACGAUGAGUACAAGGAGCAGCAAGCCUCCGCCGAUCAGCGCAUGUCCUUGACCUUGGAUCUUGCGGACCUUAUCGUCAACAUUGACUGCUAUGCCAACCCGGUCGACUCUGAGUCCGACAUGUUUGCCUCAGGCAACGACUCCUGGGAUCCCAACACUGACCAUCUCACUGUGGUCCUGCACGACAAGAUUGCCAAGCCACCGAAGUUUGGGAGUACACCAUCGCCUUUGUCCAGGGCUUCAUGGAGAACGCCCUGA